AUGCCAUCCACAUCAAAAUCAAAUUGUCAAAAACCCAAGAAGGUCGAGUUCAUUCCAGAACCCAAGCAGCCAUGGCAGGUGGAACAACCAAGAAGGAACUGGUUGGAUCUUCCAUCAGAUGUAAUGUCCAAUAUGCUUUCCAGACUUGACGUGCUUGACAUACUUGAGAAUGCCCAGAAAGUGUGCACUACUUGGCGAAAAAUCUGCAAGGAUCCUUCUAUGUGGAGGGUUAUAUGUUUGGAUUAUUGGCAUGAAACAUACAUGCGUAAACAUGCUGUGGAUAGAAGCCAAGGCCAAUUGAUUGAUAUCACCAUCAAUUGUUUUGGUGAUGAGAUUUUACAAUAUGUUGCUGAUAGAUCAAGUCAACUUAGACGUCUCAAAGUUGUUUGUUACUAUGGUUAUGCUGCUGCAUAUAGAAGCUGGACUGAAACCUUGAAGAAAUUUCCGUUAUUAGAGGAUUUAAGUCUUUUCUCGUUAGAAAUAUCAAAAGAAGCUAUUGAAACUGCCGGGCGUUAUUGCCCUAUGCUAAUAACUUUCGAACUAAAUAAAAGAGCAUUCUGUGGGAGCCUUGGAGAUGCUGGUAAUGAGAUAGCCAUAGCUAUUGGGGAAAACUUACACAAGUUAGAUCACCUUGAACUGAUUGGAAACAGCCUCACAAAUAUUGGGUUGCAGGUCAUUCUGGAUGGUUGUCCUCACCUUAAAUCACUUGACCUGCGAAAGUGUUGCUCACUUGAUCUCAAGGGAGAGUUGGGGAUAAGAUGUUCAAGGCAGAUCAAAUAUCUAAAACUCCCUGGCGAUUCUCUUGAAGGCUGUCCAUAUAUGUAUAAAAAUGAUGAUUUUGAUGAUGAUGAUGAUGUUGGUUAUUGGGUAUAUGCUGGCCUUGACUUUGAGGAUUUCACUGUAGAUCACGAUUUUUAA